AUGAAAAAAAUGCUACUCGCUACUGCGCUGGCCCUGCUUAUUACAGGAUGUGCUCAACAGACGUUUACUGUUCAAAACAAACCGGCAGCAGUAGCACCAAAGGAAACCAUCACCCAUCAUUUCUUCGUUUCUGGAAUUGGGCAGAAGAAAACUGUCGAUGCAGCCAAAAUUUGUGGCGGCGCAGAAAAUGUUGUUAAAACAGAAACCCAGCAAACAUUCGUAAAUGGAUUGCUCGGUUUUAUUACUUUAGGCAUUUAUACUCCGCUGGAAGCGCUUGUUUUUGCAUAG